UUUCUUGGUUAAAAAAAAAAACAACUGUCUCCUGUAUGCUAUCUUCAAGUAAAUUAAUAUUAAUAUGCCAUGAUUGAGAUUUUUUUUAAGGUAUACGACAAGUAAAUUGGGUUUUAGAGGUGAAGAUGUUAAAAGAUUAUAAGAUGAAAGAGAGGUUUUCAGGAUCUACACCCUUAAGACUACGGUGCCAGAGAUAAGAAACUUCUGAAAGACUAGUGCAAGUAUAUGGAAAGAGGUUUUCUUUGCAUAUCGGACAACAGGAAACAGACUUAAGCGGUUUAACAAUGACUUACUGCAUUGUUAAGGGGUGUCAGAAUUCCACUCGGAAAAAUGGUCGUCAGUCUGGAGUGAGAUUACACGUAUUCCCUUCAUGCCCUAGCAGAAUAAAGCUAUGGCUUCAACAAAUUGGUCAGAAUAUACAAGACCUUGAUUCAUUUACACAGAGAGUGAUGGACCAAAGAAAGAAGGGUAUUUUUCGAAUCUGUUCCAUUCAUUUUACACCAGACUCAUAUAUACUGGAUGGUGAAAAAUUCAUUUUGAGUAAAGAUGCUGUUCCAACUAUUUUUCCUGUGAGGCCAGAUCAUUUCAAUGAAGAUGGAACUCUUAUUCAACCAUCCAAAAAAGUUUGUGCUGACUUUUCCUCACCUCUACAAUCAAAUUCCCAAACAUUGAUUUUCCAAUCUAAUUUGCCGACAUUGCCCCUGCAAAGAAAUUUACAUCCAUUACCUCUGCAGUCAAGUUUACAGAUGUUAUCACUGCAAUCAAAAUUUCAAGCAUCACCCCUGCAAGCAAACAUGCAAGCACCAUCUUCCACAAAUGUGCAGACAUCCCCCAUGCAAUCUGAUGUGCAAGAAUACCCUUCUCAAUCAGAUUUGAAAUCAUCUCCUUCUCAGUCACCUUUGCAAUCUCUACAAUCAGACUUGCUUGCAUUGCCCCAGCAUUUAGAUCUAAUGGCAUCAUCUCUACAAUCAGAUAUGCAACUGUCAGCUCCUCACUUUGAUUCAAAUUUUUUUGCAUCACCUCAACAGUCUGAUAUUUUAUUAUCACCUCAAAAUCCAGAUUUAAUUCCCAUUCAGCCACAGCCUGAUUUGCCUGUAUCAUCGGAUGUACAGUUAUCAGUUCAGCAAAGAAAUGGACAGCUACCUCAACAAUCAAAUACAGCUCAACCAUUAACUUUAAUAACAGCUCAGCAAUCAGAUUUAGAACUGUUGGCUAAAAAAUCAGCAUUACAGCUAUUGGCUCAACAACCACUUUUGCAACUAGCAGCUCAUCAACCAACUUUGCAGUUAGGAAACUCACAACCAACGUUACAGUUAGAAGUUCCCCCUCUGCAGACAUCUUUGCAGCUAGGGGCUUCACAACCAUCUUUGCAGCUAGGGGCUUCACAACCAUCUUUGCAGCUAGGGGCUUCACAACCAUCUUUGCAGCUAGGGGCUUCACAACCAUCUUUGCAGCUAGGGGCUUCACAACCAUCUUUGCAGCUAGGGGCUCCACAACCAUCUUUGCAGCUAGGGGCUCCACAACCAUCUUUGCAGCUAGGGGCUUCACAACCAUCUUUGCAGCUAGGGGCUUCACAACCAUCUUUGCAGCUAGGGGCUUCACAACCAUCUUUGCAGCUAGGGGCUUCACAACCAUCUUUGCAGCUAGGGGCUCCACAACCAUCUUUGCAGCUAGGGGCUCCACAACCAUCUUUACAGCUAGGGGCUCCACAACCAUCUUUACAGCUAGGGACUUUACAGCCCGCAUUGCAGCUAUGGGCUCAACAACCAUCUUUGCAGCUAGGGGCUUCACAACCAGCUUUACAACUAGGGUCUAUACAACCAACUUUGCAGUUAGGGGCUCCUCCAGCUUUGCAAAUUGGAGCUCUACACCCAUCUUUGCAACUAGGGGCUCACCAACUACCUUUGCAACUAGGAAAUCACCAACUGCCUUUGCAACUAGGUGCUCAGCAACCACCUUUGCAACUAGGUGCUCAGCAAACUCCUUUGCAACUAGGUGCUCAGCAACUACCUUUGCAGCUAGUUGCUCAGCAACCGCCUUUGCAACUAGGUGCUCAACAACCGCCUUUGCAACUAGGAGCUCAGCAGCCACCUUUGCAACUAGGUGCUCAGCAGCCGCCUUUCCAACUAGGUUCUCAGCAGCUGCCUUUGCAUUUAAGUGCUCAGCAGUUGCCUUUGCAGUUAGGUGCUCAGCAGCCACCUUUACAACUAGGUGCUCAGCAGCCGCCUUUGCAACUAGGUGCUCAGCAGCUGCCUUUGCAACUAGGUGCUCAGCAGCCACCUUUGCAACAAGGUUCUCAGCAAAUGCUUUUGCAACUUGGUCCGCAGCAACCACCCUUACAGCUUGGGACUCAGCAACUACCUCUGCAACUAGGAGCACAAUACCAGCCUUUGCAGUUAGGGGUUCAACAGCCAGCUUUGCAUGUGGGAACCCCCCAACCAACUUUCCAAGUAGGAUGUCAGCUUCCAUUAGGAGCUCAACAUCAAUCUUUUCAACUUACGGCUCAGCAAUCUGCUCUCCAGUUAUUGGCUCAACAGUCAGCUUUACAAUUAAUGGCUCAGCAAUCAGCUUUACAAUUACUGACCCAGCAAUCAGUUUUACAACUAAUGGCCCAGCAACCAGCUUUACAAGUCACAGCACAGCAACCAACUGUACAAGUUACAGCCCAGCAGCCAAUUUUAGAGCAACAAGGUAUUCCCCAAUUAAAUAUGAAUACUGGGGCCCCUGGGCCAACAUCAAUUAUACCCAUGAGGAUAUUAAGCACUGACCAUGGUCUUAUUCUGGACAUAGACCCAACAGGAACCUUUAUUAAGUCAAAAGGAGAAGUAAAAAAUGUAUUAACAAAGAAAGAAAUGGUUGAUGCCUCAACAUCUACAUUUGAAGCUGUUAAAAUGGAAGACAAAAGUGUACAAUGGCCUGAGUUUGAAUUCAAUUUUGAUGGCGAGCUGUGGAAAAUAGAGCAGGAUCACUUUUACCCUUCAUGUUUUACCACUGUCAAAAAUGACAGACCUUCCACCAGACACCAAAAAUACCCUUUUGAUGUUGGCAGUCCUAUUCUUACAGAACAAGACAUACUCUUGGAUUCUGAAAUUACAAGCAGGAAGACAUUUUCUUUCAUUGGCUCAACAUUAAAAGAAAUAAAAUCUGAAACACAUGACUCAGAUAGUGAACAAAGACACACUCUGAGAACAAGCAAAAAACCCUUUUGUGAAAGAGAAAUAGAGACAGAGGUUGCAAAUGAACGAAAAUUUAUUGUUUUUGAGUCUUGUCUUGACUUUCUUUUCUAUAAAAUGUGUUGUCGUUUUGGAAAUGGCUGUAAAGCCCAUAUAACUAAAAUAGAAAAAUUUGUUGAUGGUUCCUUUUUAUCAGUCACUGCCCGCUGUCAAAAUGGUCAUCGCUUCCACCUCUGGCACAGUCAGCCACUGAUGGGAUGUAUGGCUGUAGGAAAUAUUCUCACAGCAGCUGCUGUGCUUUUUAGUGGCUCCAACUUUCAUAAAGUAUAUGAAAUGAACAGUGUAUUGGGCUUGCAGCAAAUAAGCAAAACUGUUUAUGACAGUUAUCAAAAUACAUUUCUCUUUCCCACAAUUGACCUUCAUUGGCAACAGGAGUGUCUCCGCCUCAAUAGGGCUUUUGCCAACACUCCACUGACUUUGACUGGAGAUGGCCAGUUUGAACAAGUAGGACACAAUAUUAAAAACUUUAGUUACACAUUCAUGGAAUCUGCAACAAAAAGAAUUGUAGAUUUUCAAAUUGAACCAGUAUCUGAUUUAACUUCUACAUCUACAGUAGAAAAUCAUGUAUUCAGCAUUUGUUUAAACAGAUUACUGAAUAAUGAUUUUAAAGUAAAAUCUGUUGCCACUGGACACAGUUCUGCCAUAAAAAAAAUUAUGCAUAAAAAAUACAGACAUUUGAAACAUGAAUAUGAUGUAUGGCAUUAUGCCAAAGGUGUGAAAAAACACUUAACCAGGGCUAGGAAAGGGAAAACAUUGGUCAAGCUCAUCAAUUGGCUGCCAGCUAUUUCUACUCAUCUAUGGUGGUCAUGCAUCACCAGUCAAAGAAACACUGUUAUGUUUCAGGAAAGAUGGCAAUCCUUGCUUCAUCAUGUAACAAAUCAGCAUCAAUGGAAGAAUGCAGAAACAUUUCAUGGUUGUUCUCAUGGGAAGUUAACUUCCAUGCAACACAGACAGUGUUCAUGGUUGAAAAAAGGCACUCCAGCAUUCCAUACUCUAAGAGACGUUGUAAUGAACCCUCAAAUAACAAAAGAUUUUCACUGCAUGUCUCGGUUUUGCUGCACAGAGGAAAUGGAUGUUUACAAGAGCUUUGUUACCAAAUAUCAAACAAAUAGGUUUCAUUUAAAUAUUAAUGCAAUGGAAGCAAGAACAAAGCUGGCUGCUCUUGCUUACAAUGCAAAUGUACACAGGUACCCAAUACACACAAAAUACAUGGGAAGAGGGAGUAUUGGUAGGGCAAGACAGAAACACAUGUUCCCAAAAUGCAGAAAGCGACGUGUAGCCAGAUCUGUUUAUACAGACACAUUUACAGAACAUACUCUGUCUAUGAUGGCUGAUGUGCUAAAGAUCUACACUGGCAGACUAAACCAUAGCUGGAUUCCCAGGUGUGUCAAUGAACCCACAAACAUCCCUUCAGAACCUGUACCUGUGCAAUUAUGGACCAUUGCGCCAAGCGUCUCCCAUUUUCCAGUUUUGCUAUAAAAUACUAACUAAAGGAUACCUAAUCAUACAAGACUUACCGUGCAUUGUACUGUGUAUAUGUAGAACAAGAAAGAUCUUUAUUUUUGUAUACCUAAAAUAAUUAUUUUGUUACUGGCUAAUAAAAUGAAAAAGAUGCAUCUCA